AUGUUCGUCGUCGUGCAGGAUUCUUAUGCCAACACUCUUGAAGAAAACCUUGAUUGGCUCAGGUAUAAAAACGAGGAUAGACAUGGUCGAGCAUCUUCAUAUGCCUGUUUGUCUGCAGUGCUCAGAGCCUUCUCAGGGUAUAUAGACGAGGAUAGACAUGGUCAAGCAUCUUCGUAUGCCUGUUUGUCUGCAGUGCUCAGGGUGUUCUUCCUUGUUUGA